AUGCCUAAGGUUGUAUGUGUGCGGCGCGGCUCGGAUGAGAUCGACAACGCCAUCGAACGCCUCGAUGAAGCAAAGGUGCAGUUGUUGUACUCGAAGUUUCCAGUAGGCUCGGGCACCUUCAAGCGCAACAAGUUUAUCUACGUACAGUACAUCGGCCCCAAGUGCGGCAUUGUGAAGCGUGGGCAGGGGAUCAAUGAAAUCGCCAACUUUACCACAAACAACAUCCGCGGAGUCCCCGGCUUCUCGACGACUGAGAAGGCGUCUCUUUCCUUUGAGUUUCUUGUGCGGCAGAUGCGCGACACCUUCGUCACCGAUAACGGCAACUUCUCGAUGGAGCAGAUUCGUGAGGAGUACCGCGAGCGGCUAGCAGCAGAGCAGAAAAUGAUGCACCGGGAACGAGAACAGGCGGCAGUAGUGGCCGCCACAGCAAGGCGGGCACGUCGCAACUCAGCACCAAGUGUGCGGUUGGCACCGAACCCGGUUCCACCAUCGCUGAAGGAGGAGGAGGAGCAGCGCCCGCACAGCCCUGUCGAGUUGUCAGAGAAGACAAACCGCAUAAUGGCGUCUCUACGCCAGGACAACGGCUCGAUCAACUGGGCUGUGUUCGAGUCGAAUCUGGAGACACUGACGGUGCGGGCCUACGGACGGCAGGGUAUCUUUGAGAUGGUGAAGAACCUCCCUGACGAAGCGUGGCUGUUUGGGCUCUUUCGCAUCGCCUUCUCCGACGGCAAAGUCCGUCAGCGUCGCAUCAUUUUCUUUCAGUGGAUUGGUAGUAAUUUGAAAGCAUUAGGCAGAGCUAGUCACACUGGGGUCUACCCUGCUAUGGCAAAGGCCCUCUCCCCCUUCAACUACGAGAUUUAUCUCGUUGGGCGGCAAGACCUAAAUCCACAGGCCAUCAUCGCCAAGUCAAAGAGCGCCUUCCGUACGCCGGCAGACCGGCGUGUCGGUGUAGCACAGGAUUUCUUGAUGGACAGCGCCGUCUUUACCGAGGAGAACUAUCGCCAAUCGCUCGUAGACGAGCUGGCGCACGCCGAGGCAUUUGAGGAGCGCCCAAAGAGGUCGCAUCGACAGACCAUGCCUAUCGUUCCUGACGGCAUGGAACAGAGCUUGGCUAGUCUGGCGGAAAGUAUGACGGCCGAUAGCCCGGCGGCGCAGAGCUUCUCGAUUCAGGAAACGAUCGAUCUGGUGCAGGCGAACGAGGGAGGCCUCGUGUGGGCCAUCUUUGAGGUCCAAUAG